GGUUUUGAACAUGCAAACAUUCACAGCUGCAGUUUGGACCUUCCGUUGCUCAGGGGGCCCUGAAAUCUCUGGGGCCGGCCCUGCCCUGGCUCUUGUCCUCUGCUGCUUCGUCUUGAGAUGAGGCUCCGGUCCCCGGCCGGGCACGCGCCUCCUCGGGCACCAGCACAACAAAAAGUGAGCUGCGCGCGCUCGGCGCUCAGCAGUGAGCCAGUAAACAGCGACUGAGCGGGUCCAGUCGGAGCAGAGCGCCCGCCGAGGCCACAGGAGACAGCACACCGCCUGGUGAACAUGAGCUGCGGGAUCUCUGCGCACCUGUCCGCGCAGGAAGCUUCUUCUCUCCCGGAGCGCAGGAGGUGAUGCGCCCUGCGGGACUCGAGUCGGCCGUGUUAAAGGAGAGGAUGGCAGAGCAGUGGAGCCACAACACCACGCUGUCCUGGAACCGGUCCGCUGCGGGACAGGACCGCUUCAGCAGCCUGGAUGACAUCGACGUGCCGGCGGACGGCUCCCCGACCCUGCGCAUCCUCAUCUCCAUCGUGUACUCGGUGGUGUGCGCCGCCGGGCUGGUCGGGAACCUGCUGGUGUUCUUCCUGAUGAAAGUGCGUCGGGGCAGGAAAAAACGCUCCAGCAUCAACCUGUUCAUCGUUAACCUGGCCGUGACGGACUUCCAGUUCGUGCUGACCCUGCCGUUCUGGGCGGUGGACACGGCUCUGGACUUCAGCUGGCCGUUUGGAAACGCCAUGUGCAAGAUCAUCCUCUCCGUGACGGUGAUGAACAUGUACGCCAGUGUGUUUUUCCUCACCGCCAUGAGCGUCACCCGGUACUGGUCGGUGGCCUCGGCGUUGAAGGACCGGACCCGGAGGAGGGUCUGCCCGGUGCGUUGGGUGAUCGCCGGGCUCUGGGUCUCCGCCACGGUGGCCUCUUUGCCCACCGCCAUCUUCUCCACGGUGAAGAGCGUGGCCGGGGAGAGGCUGUGCCUGCUGGGCUUCCCGGACGGCCAGUCGUGGCUGGCGCUGUACCACCUGCAGAAGAUCCUGGUGGCCUUCGUGUUCCCCAUGCUGAUUGUCACCGUGUGCUACCUGCUGCUGCUGCGCUUCGUCCGCCUGCGCAGCAUGAACAACAACCAGGUGAAGCGGCGGUCCAGGGUCACCCGCUCGGUCACCAUCGUCGUCCUCUCCUUCUUCAUCUGCUGGAUGCCCAACCACGCCAUCACCUUCUGGGGCGUCCUGGUCAAGUUCAACGUGGUCAACUGGGAUAAGACGUACUACAUGGUGCACACGUACGUCCACCCGGUGACCGUGUGCCUGGCGCACACCAACAGCUGCCUGAACCCGGUGCUGUACUGCCUCAUGCGCCGGGAGUUCAGGAAGAAGAUGAAGGAUCUGUUCUGGAGGAUCUCCUCGCCCUCCGGGUCUAACAGCUGCCCCCUGCGGCCCUUCUCCGGGACGGUGAGAGCGGAGCCGGACGACUCGCAGAUCGUCAUCCCGCUGAACAACGUGGAGACUGAGAACUGCAGGCUGUCGGUCCUAACGGAGCAGGGCGACACGGACGCGCUGCAGCGCUGAGCCACACGUUCAGCUGAGCAGAGAGUCUGUGGGACCUGCAGGCGUCCGAGCGGUGACUUUUAGAUGGUUAACCUCCGGUUUACUGUGAAUGCUGGUGAUCUGACGGUCACAUCUGAGCUCGUUAUUCUGCAGGGCAAACUGUGAAGAGUCCAACGGAUCCGCGCGGCCAUCCGUGACGUGUUUGAUGUUCUGUUGAUUUUGCGUCAGGGGAAUUGAUCAAUUUAUAUUCACAAUGUAAAGGUGUGAAACAUGAAAGGAGGAUGAUCGUGCGUAAAUUGCGCGCCUGGAGGAGCGAUGGCUAAAAGCGUCAGCUGCCUUUGAGCUUCAGUCCGCCUGGGAUGUCACACCACAGUGAUGCUGAUGUUGUUGUUUCUUUGCUGUAAAUGCGGUUCAGUGUGCUCUCUGUGCAGACUUUAUGUUCCUCGUGCACAAUGUGCUUCAGCUGCUGCGUCUUUCUGUGGACUCUUGACGGUUGUUGUGGCUGAUGUGUAAAAUGUACACGCUAUACGUGAAUGUAAAAAAACUGCCAGUGCAACCUUAAAAACAAUGUGUGAAGAAUAAAACUAUUGAUUUAUGUUGA